GUGUGUCAAUACAGCAGAUGAUUACAGCGCACGUGUUUAAGGAGUAGAGCGAGCCAUUUAAGACUAAACAGACCUCUCUCAAAACUGACGGAGUCUAUAAUAGAAAAUAGGUGUUCUGCGGCGGAUUUUACUUGAUGAGAAAUCAAAAAAGCUGAUAUAGCUUAAUAAGAUCACAGACAAAUUUCAGAUGGCGUUUGCAAAAGUCGCAACAGACGUCUCACCAGGCGUGGCCGAACGUCGAGUAAAAGAAUUACUGGCGAAGGCACAGCGUCGAGCAGCUGGUCUGGAUAUCCCAAGUAGCCCAACCCGCUGCAGGGCAAGUAGUUCGGGAUCCAGUGGUGAUAGGGAUGCUGAGGUUGAAGUCGUGAAGGUUAAAGAACCAAGAUCAAAACAACUUAUUAAAGCUUCCCUUAGCAGCGGCUCUGACUCGGAUUCAGAUGAGGAUGUCAAACCCAAUAUCGUGAAGUCAUCGGGCGUUGUUUCACAAGAGUUAGCUGUACUAAUCAGAACCCCUAAACGGUCUCCGAGCAGCGACUCCAGUUCAGAAUCCGAGCUAAAGCGAAAGCCGGAACUGAGAAUUACAAGAAUGAGUUUUCGAAACCCGUCCGAAACACCUAAAACCAAGGCUUCUAGUAGCAAGCCUAUUCGAAAGCGAAAACGGAACUCGAUUUUACCCGUAACAAUCAUAAACCCUUGGAAACGGAAAGCCCCUGAGCCGUUGGAUACUAGCUCCGAUCAAGAAUGUCCGGUUAAAGCUUCGAAGAUGGAAAUAAGCUUUAAGGAGGUUUCGUCUUCUGAAUCAGAGGACGAAAGGCCUCUACGGCCAGUACCGAUACUUCAGAAGAAAUCAUCUUCAGAUGGUUCAAAAAAACUACCGAAAUCGUCUUCGUCUUCGAGUGAUAGUUCCAGUAGUGAAGAAAGUGAUAACGACAAUGAGCAGGAUGUUCAACCAAAGGUUGCACCUAACGAAACUGCUUCGGAGGGAGCGGAUACUAAGAAACCUGCAAGUGAUGAAACAGAAGUAGUCGCGGACACGGAAUACUUCCAGACGUUGGGAACUGCCGAGGUUGGCAAAAAAAAAGCUCCAGUAGUGGCUGCAGUUCCCAAGUGGGUGCAAAGAGCUGUGCGCGUAUCAGCAAAGGUGGAAUCACUCGGUGAUCUUGAAGAUGAAGUGGAGCUCCUUGGAACGAACUUGGUGGCCGCCCUAAGACAAAAUGGAAUCCAAGGCCUAUUUCCUAUUCAAAAACAGGUUAUCAGAUCUCUCUUGGAUAAACGAGUUAUUCGAAUGGGAUGUCCUCCGAGGGAUAUUUGCGUCGCGGCUCCUACUGGAAGUGGCAAAACACUGGCCUUUAUUCUGCCCUUAAUUCGGUUGCUUGAGAAUAAACUGGAAAAACUAGUACGAGCCGUUAUUCUUUUGCCAACGGCUGAAUUAGUUAAACAGGUGUUCGAUGUGUUCAGCACUUUUGCUGAAGGUACAAACGUACGGGCUGCUAUGCUAGCCGGUUACAAAAGCCGCUUGGAGGAGGAGAAGCUUCUUCUUAAAAAAGGACACUCGUUGGUGGAUGUAGUUGUGGCCACUCCGGCAAAAUUUCUCCAACAUCUUCGUGCGACGCGCAACUUCAGCGUGCAACAGCUUGAAAUGUUGAUACUCGAUGAGGCUGAUCGGAUGGUCGAUAUGAUACAAUACGGACUUAUCCAGGAGAUUGAAGAUGCUGUGUUUACAAAAAGACCGGACGGAAGCAACCUAAGUGUGUGCAGAUGCAGCGGAAUAACAAUUGGUCGACCAAGGCCAGGUGCUAUUAAUUGUUGCCUCUUCGACGCUAGCCAUACGCCUUUACGAAAGCUUCUGUACUCUGCAACACUGAUGUCUGACCCGGAGAAGCUCAAACACCUCAACUUGUUCUAUCCGAAGGUAUUCCAUGCGUCCCACAUUCAUGAGCGCAUUCUACAAAACGCUGCCACCGCUGAUGACACUAGUCAGGAGCGGCAACCUGUAAAGCCAAUAGUCAUGUCGCAGUUGGCAUUGACUUUGCCUGAUAAGCUUGAGGAACGGUGGAUGGCAUGCGAUCUCCAGACGCGUCCGCUCCUUGUUUGGUGGCUAGCGACACGAAAGGCUCAUAGUCACAUGCUGGUCUUCACUCGAACCCGUGAAGAAUGCCAUCGAUUGCGCGUUGUUAUUGAGCACAUGGGAGAUUGCCGUGUCAUUGAUCUAUCAGCGGAUAUGAAAAAGCGUAAAAGACAUAAGGCACUUCAGGAUUUCGAUAACGGUUUAUAUGACGUACUUAUCUGCACAGCUUUAUUAGCUCGUGGAAUGGAUUUAGCGAACGUUGAGCAUGUUCUACUGUACCAUAGUCCACGCUCAGCCGAAGAGUACGUGCAUACAGUUGGUCGAACGGCGCGGGCUAAUCGUCAUGGCAUCUCAAUAGUACUCAUCAAUGAGCAGGAAGAGCGUCGCCUCAAAAAGACACUUAAGGUUAUCGCUAACUCAAAGAUUAAAUCAUAUCUCUGGAACGCCGAAGAGCUGACGGAGUUCUACGGGCGCUAUCAGCAAGCACUAGCCCUAGCCAAGAAGGAACUUCUCCGAAAGUCGUAGUCGAACGACAGCUCUGUAAAUCACGUUUAAUUUGCGGAAAGUCUGCAGGGUGCAACGACUACACUUAAUCUUGCAAAAACAUAAAUCAUGUUCUACCGUUCUAUGCAGAGGGAAAGGGGCAAAAGAUUUGUAAAUUUGUAAAUGUGAACUCUAUAAAUAAAGUUCGAUAUGUAUGAUAUUUUUUA